CUCUCGUGGCGCUGUCCUUCAGCGGAGCCAUCGGGCUGACCUUCCUCAUGCUGGGCUGCGCCCUGGAGUACUACGGUGUAUACUGGCCUCUGUUUGUCUUAAUAUUUUACUUCAUCUGCCCCAUUCCCCACUUCAUUGCCAAAAGAGUAAGUGAUGACAGUGAUGCGGCCAGCAGUGCCUGCAGGGAGUUGGCGUAUUUCUUCACAACUGGAAUUGUUGUUUCUGCCUUUGGAUUUCCUAUAAUCCUUGCACGGGUUGAAGCGAUCAAAUGGGGAGCCUGUGGUCUGGUGCUGGCUGGCAAUGCAGUCAUUUUCCUUACUAUUUUAGGCUUUUUUCUCGUAUUUGGUAGAGGAGAUGACUUUAGCUGGGAACAGUGGUAG